AAAAAAAAAACAUUUCAACAAAGAGAAGAGAAAGAGAAAAUGGGAGAAACAGCUAAAGCAAAUGUGUUAGUCUUCUCAUUUCCGAUACAAGGACACAUAAACCCUCUCCUCCAAUUCUCAAAACGUUUAAUCUCCAAAAACGUUACGGUCACAUUCCUCACCACUUCCUCCACUCACAACUCCAUCCUCCGCCGUGCUAUAGCCGGUGGAGCCACCGCUCUCCCAAUCUCUUUCGUCCCCAUCGACGACGGCUUCGAGGAAGGUCACCCUUCUACGGACACCUCUCCUGACUACUUCUCCAAGUUCCAAGAAAACGUCUCUCGAAGCCUCUCUGAACUCAUCUCCUCGAUGGACCCCAAACCAAACGCAGUCGUUUACGACUCGUGUCUGCCUUAUGUCCUCGACGUUUGCCGGAAACAUCCCGGAGUCGCCGCGGCUUCGUUUUUCACUCAGUCCUCCACCGUGAACGCCAUCUAUAUUCACUUCUUGCGAGGAGAGUUCAAGGAGUUUCAAAACGAUGUAGCUUUGCCAGCCAUGCCUCCGUUGAAGGGUAAUGACUUGCCGGUGUUUCUGUACGAUAACAAUAUCUGCCGGCCCUUGUUUGAGCUCAUUAGUAGCCAAUUCAUCAAUGUUGACGACAUUGACUUCUUCUUGGUUAACUCUUUCGACGAACUCGAAGUCGAGGUGUUAGAAUGGAUGAAGAACCAGUGGCCGGUCAAGAACAUAGGACCGAUGAUUCCAUCAAUGUACUUAGACAAACGAUUAGCAGGGGACAAAGACUACGGCAUCAACCUCUUCAAUCCCCAAGUUAACGAAUGCCUUGAUUGGCUUGACUCAAAACCUCCCAGUUCAGUGAUCUACGUCUCUUUUGGAAGCUUAGCCGUCUUAAAAGACGAUCAAAUGAUAGAAAUCGCAGCUGGUCUAAAACAAACCGGCCAUAACUUCCUAUGGGUUGUUAGAGAAACAGAGAAAAACAAGCUCCCAAACAACUACAUAGAGGAGAUUGGUGAGAAAGGUUUGAUAGUGAACUGGAGUCCUCAACUACAAGUUCUUGCGCAGAAAUCCAUCGGUUGUUUCAUGACGCAUUGCGGGUGGAAUUCGACAUUAGAGGCAUUGAGCUUAGGAGUGGCUUUGAUUGGAAUGCCGGCUUAUAGCGACCAACCGACUAAUGCUAAGUUUAUAGAAGAUGUGUGGAAGGUUGGGGUUAGAGUUAAGGCAGAUCAUAAUGGAUAUGUGAAGAAGGAAGAGAUUGUGAGAUGUGUUGGAGAAGUUAUGGAAGAGAUGUCGGAGAAAGGGAAAGAGGUUAGAAAGAAUGCUCGGAGAUUGAUGGAGUUUGCAAGAGAAGCUUUGUCUGAAGGGGGAAACUCCGAUAAGAACAUUGAAGAGUUUGUUGCUAAAAUUGCAAAAUAAACUGAUUGUAAUAUUAAUCUGUGUGAUGCUUAAUAAUGUGUUUUUUUUCUUUCUGGGAGUUUUUUUUUUCAAGAACUAAGAAGUUAAUUUUUAUGUUGUUUGUUUCGAAGUUAUUUAUGGUGCAACCAAUGUGAGUUUAAAUGGUGUAGAAAUUUGGGAUC